GCUUCCCCCGUUAGACCGAUAAUCCUCACAUACAUACUGCUCCCUCUAGACGAAUAAAAUGGUCCAGGUCAAGAACAAGGUCUGCCUCAUCGUUCACGAUGGCUGGGGCAUCGCCCCCGAGAAAGAUAUGAAAGGCGACGCCAUUGCGGCAGCAACUACCGAGAAUAUGGAUACUAUUGCCAAGGAUCACAGCCAUCGUACGCUCCACGCACAUGGUCUCGCCGUCGGUCUCAGCGACGGCCUCAUGGGCAACUCUGAAGUCGGUCACCUCAACAUCGGUGCAGGCCGUGUCGUCUGGCAAGACAUCGUCAAGAUUGAUGUCUCCAUUAAAAAGCGCCAGUUCCACAAGAACGAAGUUAUUCUUGAGAGCUGCAAGCGCGCCAAGGAGGGCAAUGGACGCCUUCACCUUCUCGGUCUGGUUUCCGAUGGUGGCGUCCACUCACACAUCAACCACCUGAAGGCCCUUCUCGAGACAGCAAAAGAGCAGAGCGUCCCUCACGUCUAUAUCCACUUCUUUGGCGACGGCCGUGACACUGCACCCCGUUCUGCUGCCGGCUAUGCAAAGGACCUGCUUGAGUUCCUAAAGAAGGAGAAGUUCGGCCAGAUCGCUACCAUCGUUGGCCGCUACUACGCUAUGGACCGCGACAAGCGUUGGGAGCGCGUCAAGAUCGCUGUCGAGGGUCUCGUCAAGGGUGAGGGUGAGAAGGGCGAGGAUGUUGUCAAGGCUAUUGAGGAGCGCUACAAGAAGGACGAGACCGACGAGUUCUUGAAGCCCAUCAUUGUUAACGGCGACGAGGGUCGCGUCAAGGAUGGUGACACCCUAUUUUUCUUCAACUACCGCUCGGACCGCAUGCGUGAAAUUGUCGCGCUCUUUGGCCUCCCUGAUAAGCCCACCGAGGUCGACAUUCCUAAGGAUCUGCACGUUUCCACCAUGUCUCGCUACAACCAAGAGUGGAGCUUCCCGGUUGCCUUCCCGCCUCAGGCUAUGACCAACGUCCUUGCCGAGUGGUUUGCCAAGCAGGGUGUUAAGCAGGCACAUAUCGCCGAGACUGAGAAGUAUGCGCAUGUCACAUUCUUCUUCAACGGCGGUGUCGAGAAGCAAUUCGAGAACGAAGAACGCCAUAUGAUCCCCUCGCCGAAGGUAGCGACUUAUGAUAAAGACCCGAAGAUGAGCGUCAAGGAUGUCGCUAAGAAGGUCGCGGAGGUUGUCAAGAAGAGCGAGCACGAGUUCGUCAUGUGCAACUUCGCUCCUCCGGACAUGGUUGGGCAUACUGGUGUCUACGACGCCGCCGUCGAGGCCAUAAAUCACACCGACGAGGCUGUCGGUAUCGUUUACAAGGCGUGCGAGGAGGCCGGAUACAUUCUCCUCAUCACUUCUGACCACGGCAAUGCUGAGCAAAUGAUUAACCCCGAAACCGGCAACCCUCAUACCGCGCACACUACAAACCCCGUUCCCUUCAUUAUGACCGGCGACCCGAAGAAACUUUCGUUCGCCGAGGACAAGAAGGAUGGCGAAGAAGAUGAAGGUGCCCUGUGCGAUGUCGCGCCCACUAUCCUCGACGUCAUGGGUCUUCCAAAGCCCGAAGAAAUGGAGGGACGUUCCCUCUUGACCAAGAACGAGUAGAUGUAGAGAUAGAAAGAAUAGCAAUGUACCAUAGACCCUUUUGCAACAGUAGAGGCCUUAGAGUUUC